CAAACACUUUUCUUUGAAAUAAUAGUAUUAUUCGCCACGAGAGGGCUAGUAUAUCUAUAUAAUUGAUUUUCAUGUGGACGGAAGUUACAGUGCUGCCACCGUAAAGUCCUUUUAGGUUGUUUUCAGCAAGCACGCUCUUCUAACGUAGAUACACCAAGAUGCAGAUAUUUGUGAAAACUUUGACUGGUAAAACCAUCACCCUUGAAGUAGAAGCAUCAGAUACUAUUGAAAAUGUAAAAGCUAAAAUCCAGGACAAGGAAGGAAUUCCACCUGAUCAGCAACGUCUUAUUUUUGCUGGAAAGCAAUUGGAAGAUGGACGUACUCUGUCAGAUUAUAAUAUUCAAAAAGAAUCUACUUUGCAUCUUGUUCUUCGACUUCGUGGUGGUGUCAUCGAACCUACUUUGCGUAUUCUUGCACAGAAAUACAAUUGUGAUAAAAUGAUUUGUAGAAAAUGUUAUGCCCGUCUUCAUCCACGUGCAACCAACUGUCGUAAGAAGAAGUGUGGCCAUACAAACAACAUUCGACCAAAAAAGAAGCUGAAGUAGACUACAUAUAAUGUUUGCUUAUUUUGCAGAUAUAUGUAUUUCUAAAAGAUGGUGUUAAUAAAACAUACAUAAAGAAGUAA